AUGAACGCGAAAAUAAAAAUAUAUACGAGCAGUACAGUUAGUGUGUUUCAAUGUAUUCGAUGUAAAACUCUAUCCAGGUCUGUCGCAUCUCGCCUUCCGUACUUGCCUGCAGCACCAGCAAGCAGGAGAAGGAGGAAACUUACUCUAUUCCGUUUAUUAUUCAUAAAAGAUAACAAAGUUUCCGGACGACAGCAAAGCUGUGCACACCGCGACGAUGAACGGCGACGGCGCGCCUCUGCAAAGCGGCAGACGUCAUAUGAUACAGAUGAUGAGGUUGUAGCUGUAAUUGCUCACUUCGCCACCAUAUGA